GUUGUUUACGUUUUCGGUGUGAUGUCAAAUGUCAAAGCUAAGACACAGACUGUGGCUAAGAUUUAGAGUCGUACACUGAAAGGUAAAUUGUGCGGAUAGUGAAAAGUGUGCGUGUAACAGCAACAAAAUAACAUCCAGAAUUCAUCAAUUAACAACGCGCAACUAACGCAGUCACUUAAAAAUACGCAACACAAGCGAUAAAUAACAAACCACGCCAGUUUUCCAAACCAAAACAUCACAGAAUUUUAUCGAUGGCUACAGUAAAAGAUUAGAUUAGAUUAGAUUAAAUUGAAUUAACACUUGUUCACAGAUCAUGACUGCGACACUUCGUAAUGAUGUGAAACGUGUCAGUUUAACAUAAGGUGCAGACACAAGCCCCAACAGUGACUCUGUGCACGUAAAUACUUAUGGGGAAAGUUUUAUCAGACUGGCUUCAAUAAAAUCAGAUGACACGAAAACCACAGUCAUAUCCAGUGUGUCUUGUACACCUACUGUGUUUGGAAAACACGUAGCAAAUGUGCAGCUGCAGUCAAGUUUAGAACAGAAAGACACAACUUGCCACCAGUCAACAGGAGACUGUCCACUGCCAGCUAACAGCCACACUUCUGAACUGCCCACUAUGACCACAACUGUAGAUGAUUUGCCAGAUGAGAUAAUGCUGGAGAUCUUCUCGUACAUGAGCGUGAGUGAAAAUGUAAACCUUUUGCAGAAGGUGUGCAUCCGUUGGAAGAGUAUUGCCCAAGAUGCUAAGGUGUGGUAUGACAAGCAAUAUGUGAUUGGGUACACAGUAACCGAUGAGGAGGCCAUAGCGACUUUCCGAGCAGCUCCACAGUUGCGUACAGUGAUUGUGGAUAGAGAAGUUGAACCCGCUAUCUUUGAGGUUCUGUCUAAAAGCUGUCCCGAGGUCACCACACUGGAUAUCGAUUAUCGACAGACCGUACAUUAUACAAAAGCGAAGAAUCUGUUUGACGGAUGCAAAAAGAUCCGCACACUGAAGAUCUCGGAGAGGGGGCUGCUGGCCGACGCGAGGUUCGUGGACGCGGUUGCGGAACUGGCGCAGCUCCGUGUACUGCAGUUGAAGCCUUACCACAAUGUGGGCUGCCAGGUCCCACUGAGAGGCCUCGCCGACAGGUGUCCGCACCUGUGCGACCUGGACCUGGGCUGGCUGCACUACCGGCUGCAGGAGGCAGAGUAUUUCGUCAGCACCGAGGGACGCGCGCUCAGGCGCUUGUGCGUCAAGUGGACUACGGUCGAGAGGAGGAACAUAGUCCCUCUGCUGGUGAAGUGUGUUGACACCCUGGAAUACCUGCAGCUGAAUACGUACGACGUUGUAGAUGGAGAAGAUUUGGAAGCAUUCAGGGCACUGGGACGGCUUCACAACUUGCGAGAACUUAUCUUCGAUACGAUACACAAACGGAUACCGCACGUAAUUCCUGUGCCAUUUAUAGGUGGAGGCCUCUCAAACCUGCAGCUACUUGGUUUGUGGCGUAUCCCUGACCUGGGGAAUGAGGCAUUUCUCGCCAUCUCAAAGGGGUGCCCAAAACUGCGAGAGCUAUCACUGAUCGCUUGUCGCGGACACACUGAUGAGGCUUUCAAGCUGUUCCACCAGCUAAAACAGUUGGAAAUAGAGCUGAACAUCGAUUAUUGUGACGGAGAUGAUGCCGAACUGGACAAAAUACGCCAGCUGAUGCCCGAGUGUCACGUCGAAGGAGGCCUCGGAGCCCUUAUCACGGACAGUGAAUGAAAAGUGUGUGUCGCCAACUGCUCAGGGACGGACAGCUACGAAUGCUUAUGAGGAAGCUGCCCUUUUAAAAUCUGUGUAUCAGCAGUAAUUUUAGUUUUACCUCCUGAGGCUAAGUGCUGGGUGGCCAUGUAAUUUUAUGGCUGUGUUGUUAUCCCCUUUAACGUGACUCUUCUUGUAUCUACUGUAUCUAGCCACUACUUUCCUUCUACAAUCACAUACAUUGAUCAGCCCCAACAUUAUGACCACUGACCUGCUACCGAUACAGACCCACCCAGGUGAUAGCAGCGGCACCUGGCGAGGAAUGACUGCUAGUGAGACAUAUGCACGGUGCCUCUAGUGUCACUGAGGGAGAUGUUCAUGUGUAGAGUGGGGAAAGGCGGACAAUCUACCUGAGUUUGGCUGAGGGUGGAUUAUAAUGGCCCGGAGGCUCAUCAUGAGCAUUUUGGAAACUACACGACUUGCUGAUGAUUUGAUGAUUGCUAUGGUGAGUAUCUUCAACA